CAAGCAAUAAACGCGGAGCGCGGGGCUGCGCUGGAGCCGCACGGAGCUAGGGGCUGCCCGGGGCGCAGGGAAAGACCCAGGAAGAAAGGGAGUCAUCCCCCAACCUUUGUAAUUUCUGCUACCUGAGCUCAGGAGAGACAUUUCAGGGCCUUUGCAGACCUCACCAUGCCAGUUGCUGCCACCAACUCUGAGUCUGCCAUGCAGCAAGUCCUGGACAACCUCGGAUCGCUCCCCAAUGCCACGGGAGCUGCAGAACUGGACCUGAUCUUUCUUCGAGGCAUUAUGGAAAGUCCCAUAGUGAGAUCCCUGGCCAAGGCCCACGAGCGGCUGGAGGAGACCAAGCUGGAGGCUGUGCGCGACAACAACCUGGAGCUGGUGCAGGAGAUCCUCCGGGACCUGGCCCAGCUGGCCGAGCAGAGCAGCACCGCGGCGGAGCUGGCCCGCAUCCUCCAGGAGCCCCACUUCCAGUCCCUCCUGGAGACACACGACUCUGUGGCCUCAAAGACCUAUGAGACACCACCCCCCAGCCCUGGCCUGGACCCCACCUUCAGCAACCAGCCGGUGCCUCCCGACGCAGUGCGCAUGGUGGGCAUCCGCAAGACUGCUGGAGAGUAUCUGGGCGUGACGUUCCGUGUGGAGGGCGGCGAGCUGGUGAUCGCGCGCAUUCUGCACGGGGGCAUGGUGGCUCAGCAAGGCCUGCUGCACGUGGGCGACAUCAUCAAGGAGGUGAACGGGCAGCCGGUGGGCAGCGACCCCCGCGCGCUGCAGGAGCUCCUGCGCAGUGCCAGCGGCAGCGUCAUCCUCAAGAUCCUGCCCAGCUACCAGGAGCCCCAUCUGCCCCGCCAGGUGUUUGUGAAAUGCCACUUUGACUAUGACCCUGCAAGAGACAGCCUUAUCCCCUGCAAGGAAGCGGGCCUGCGCUUCAACGCGGGGGACUUACUGCAGAUUGUAAACCAGGACGACGCUAACUGGUGGCAGGCAUGCCAUGUGGAAGGGGGCAGCGCUGGGCUCAUCCCCAGCCAGCUGCUGGAGGAGAAGCGGAAAGCCUUUGUCAAACGGGAUCUGGAGCUGACACCCACCUCAGGGACCCUGUGUGGCAGUCUUUCAGGAAAGAAAAAGAAGCGAAUGAUGUACUUGACUACCAAGAAUGCAGAGUUUGACCGCCAUGAGCUGCUCAUUUAUGAGGAGGUGGCCCGCAUGCCUCCCUUCCGCCGGAAAACCCUGGUGCUAAUCGGAGCCCAGGGUGUGGGCCGGCGCAGCCUGAAGAACAAGCUCAUCAUGUGGGAUCCAGAUCGAUACGGCACCACAGUGCCCUACACGUCCCGGCGGCCCAAGGACUCGGAGCGGGAAGGCCAGGGCUAUAGCUUUGUGUCCCGCGGGGAGAUGGAGGCCGACAUCCGCGCGGGGCGCUACCUGGAACAUGGCGAAUACGAGGGCAACCUGUAUGGGACCCGUAUCGACUCCAUCCGGGGUGUGGUCGCCGCCGGCAAGGUGUGCGUGCUGGAUGUCAACCCCCAGGCAGUGAAAGUGCUGAGAACAGCUGAGUUUGUCCCUUAUGUGGUGUUCAUCGAGGCCCCUGACUUUGAGACCCUGAGGGCCAUGAACCGGGCUGCCCUGGAGAGUGGGGUGUCCACCAAGCAGCUCACGGAGGCCGACCUGAGGAGGACUGUGGAGGAGAGCAGCCGCAUCCAGAGGGGCUACGGGCACUACUUUGACCUCAGCCUGGUCAACACCAACCUGGAGAGGACCUUUCGUGAGCUCCAGGCUGCCAUGGAGAAGCUGCGGACGGAGCCCCAGUGGGUGCCCGUCAGCUGGGUGUACUGAGACUGUUCAUGUGGACCUCACCCCUCCGGGCUGUGACCCAGAACCCUGAAUCCAUCCCCUCCCCUGGCCAUGACCCCCAGCCCUGAUCCUUAGCUCUCAUCCCUGGCCGUCUGGCUCUCCCUGGGUGAGGAGGGCUCCUAGCGGGCCCUAAUCUGGCUUCAGCACAGGCGUGUGCACUGCCGAGGAGGUGGGUGUUCAUGGGGCACCUCUGUGCCCAGGUGCUGCCCACUCCCGAUGCCCACUGGCCACCAGAUGUCCCUCUCUGAGGGCCAGGCUGUGCCCAGGAGUGUGUUAGGGUCACCUCCGUAAUGCUCAGUCCAGAGAAGAGGAAAGCUGCUCUGGGGCCCUGUGGCCAGUAGGUACACUGCCCCCUGCCACCUCUCUCAGCCGCCUUUCCCCCGUGGACUGGCCACGCCCACUCCAUUCCGGGGCUCCUCCCACCUCUCACCCCUGGGGCCCUCCUGAAGGCUGCGGGAGCCAAAGCUUGAGCCAGCUGCCGCCGCCAAGGGGCAGUGCGGUCCAGCUUCCCUUGGAAUGAGGCGGAGUCCCGCAAGUGGACCCCGCUCUGUCCUUCCCUCACGCACAGCUUUUCACUGCCGAAGUCUCUCCACGGACUUCUCUGAUGUGCCCCUGACAGGACCGCUCAGCUCCCCGCAGGGCAGGGCCGGCCGGGGUCGGCGGGCUCAGCGCAGCGAGGGGUGAGCUGAAGGCUGAGCCGUACGGGGAGCCUGCGACUACUGACCAUGGUCCCUGGGGCGGGGGUGGGGGGGGCACGUCUGGGCUCCCUGUUGGUGACCACGGUCCAGCUUGGUCUCUCUGGUGGGGUCCAGGUGGCCCACUCGCAUCAGGUCUGCCUGGGGGGCUGAGGAUGGGUGCAGAGAGGAGCCUGUGAGCCGGCCAUGGAGCAGGGGCUUGGCAGAGGACAUCUAUGCUCUAGCCGGCUCCCUGUUGUACAACUCCAGGGGGCGCCAUCCACACUGUUUCUGCCUGCGCAGCUUAGGGUCCGCAGGCUGGGGCACCUGGUCUGUGUUUGUACCGUUGGUGUGUGUGUGUCAGUCUUGGUUUUGGGAGAAGAGAAGCAAAGGGUUGUUUUGCUUUGGAGGUCACUAUUUGGGGCCCUUUUGGGGGGGUUCCCCAUUAGUCCCCAUUUCUUAUGAGACCCUUAUCCCAGAUUCCAGAGCCUUGACCCUCCCCCGAUGUCUUUCUCCCCAUCUCCUAGUGUCCCCCUAUCCUAUAUGACACCGUCGAGUCCUCGAGUCCUCGGGAGGGCAAUUGUGUAAGAUAGGAGAAUCCCUUUUAAGAAUGCCAUCGUAGACUUCCCCAGGCAUCUGGCCCUCGUCCCUCUCUGUGAUCUUGUCUGGGGUGAAGCUGUUCUUGCAGGGACCACCCCAUCGCCCCCAGCACCAGCCAGCCCCUGUCCUUCCCAGUUCUCUGAGUGUCUGAUCAGUCUUCGCUGCAGGUUCAGCCCGAGCUGGCCCCUGAACCACUGUGUGCCCAUUUCCUAGGGAAGGGGAGGGAGAAGAAACAGAAUAUUUAUUACAAAGUUAGAAAUAUAUUUAUUAUAUUAGGGAUCUCAUUUGCAUUGGCCUAGGAUAUGCAAAUGAGAUGUUAAGGUCAAGCCUGCUCCCAUCUCAUUUGCAUAGCUCUGCAUCCACUAUGCAGUCACCUUUAUACCCCUCUUUUCCCUUUCCUCAGUGUUCUUUUUAUCCUCAAUCCAGCACUUCCUUGCAUCACCCUUACGACAGCCCAGGGGGCCCAGGAGUGGGAGGAAGAGCUGCUCUCCUGCUGCCCAAGGCAAUGGUUUCCUUUGCCAGUUCCCACCUCACCUGGGGCACUUGGAAGUAGAAGCAGUGAGGAUCUGCAGGUGCAGCCCCCUACCCUUGGUUAACCUCCAAAAUCUCCUGAAGGAAAGAGCAUCCCCUGAUGGAGGUGGAGGGAGCCUGGCUUAGGGUGCUGGGUACCUUGCCGAGGAGUUGGCACCUGACCCUGUAGGGUAGAUCUCCCGUGUGGAUGCUGUUCUGGCACCUUCACCUCUAGUGAUGCCUGGGGGGCAGGGCUGGGCCCCUCCUCUCCUGUCUUCAUCCCUUCAACUGCGUCCUACCUCCCCUACACAAGCCCCACUCACUCCCUGGCCCAGGGCUGGGUUGGAAGGGGUGUGUGCCCACCACAUUACCUCUCUGACCUUAUCCUCCUUCCCUGGAUGCUUGUAUUUGAGGCACCUUGGGAUAAUGAGGACUCGGCCCCCCACUGUCCACGCUCAGUGCCGGCCCUGUUGCCCUUCCCCUCUCCCCUCCCUCAGCCAAUUCUUGAGCUUUUGCUCUGACUGGUUUUCUUUCUUUUCCUUUGAUUAAAUGUGAAAACAAAGGCUUCUGGGCUCUAUUGGUCUUUGGUUGGGGCCCAGUGGAUGACUUUGGUACAGGGUGAGAGUGGGGAACCCAGCACAGAUGAUUCUGGAAUGGAAGUCGGAGUGACUUGUCUUGUGUCCAGUGAUGUCUUCCAAAAUUUCCCAUCCCACCAUUCCACAUGCCCCAUCCCCAGAAGAUGCUCAUUCUAAGUGCUUGUAUCCAGGAGUCUGUGAGCAUUCGUGGGGACCAAGGGGAUUCAGAGACUCCAAGGCUAAUCCACUCCACUUCACCCAGAACUUGCUGUGUGGCCUUCAGCAGGUCCCUGUACUGCUUAGGUUCAUCCUCUAUAAAAAUGUCAUGGACUCUCCCGGUGCUAAUGCUGGGAUUGGUUCUAGGCGUUCAACAAUACAUGCCAUAGAGAGCUCAUUGAAAUGUCACCCAGAUGUCACCAAGGGGGUGUGUGUGUCAAAUCCUUCAUGGGUAAGGCAUCAGCCUUCUUUCCCACUUUGAAUUCUUCAGGGGACCCCAGAAUGUUCACUGAGGAUUCUCAGCAGGGGGCUUUAGCUCUUCCCUUCUCCCUGCAACAACCAAAUAAGGAACUGGCUUUCUUCCUUUGAUUUCCCCCAAAGCAUCCAUUCACACAGGGACGAGCGUGGGGCAGACUUCACCGGUGAUUUGGAGACAGCGUAAGGACUUAUGUCUCCCACCUAACAGGUCUGAUGAGAAUUUAGCAUUGAAUAUUAAAUACCCCAACUCUGAAAUACUCCCUGAUCAUUCCCAGCACAUAGAAUAUUUUUCUGGUCAACCUUUCCCUUUGGGGUCCCCUGUUUCCCUCCGUGUUGCUGCACCCUCUUCCUCUCAUCUUUUUUUUUUUUUUAAGUAGGCUCCACACCCAGCGUGGAGCCCAACGUGGGGCCUGAACUCAUGACCUGGAGAUCAAGAUCUGAGCUGAGAUCAAGAGUUGGUCACUGAACCAACUGAGCCACCCAGGUGCCCCUCUUCCUCUCAUUUUUGAAACACCUUCUUCCCAUCUCUGGGGUGUCCUUGGAAAAAGGAACAUUUCAUGACUAUACCUAGCAACUCCACACUUGUAUUUCUGUCUUAAUCCAGUGGUUCUCAAUCCUGGCUGCACUUUAGAAUUGCCUGAGGGGUUAAAAAACAAACAAACGAAAAAACAAUUGCCUGGAUUCUACUCCAGAUCAGUUAAAUCAGAAGUUCUGGAAAGGCUGACUACUAUAACUAACACAGUUGUUUAUUAUUGUUGUUAUUGUUAUUAUUAUUUUAAGAUUUUUAUUUUCGAGUAAUCUCUACACCCAACAUGGGGUUCGAACUCACAACUCCAAGAUCAAGAGUCACAUGCUCUUCAACGGAGCCAGCCGGGCACCACCCAACACAGUUUUACUAUUAAUUUCUUGCUCACAUCGUAUCUGAUGGGAAUUGGGUUGCACUCCCAGCAGUGACUCAGGGUUCCAGCCUCUUUCCAUUUUUGACACCACCAUCUUUCAGAAAAGGCUCCCCAGGUGUCAUGGAAGAGGAGUAGAGUGUAGGAAAUUGCUCAUGGAUAUUAUGGGCUAGGACAGUCGGCCCACAUCCAUUGGCCAGAAUCAAGUCAUGUGGCCCUGGGUUAUUGCAAAGGGGUCUGGGAAAUGUAGUCUUCCUUGGUGCUCAGGAAGAGGAAACAGGAUCUAGCCAACCUCUGCCAAGCCAGGAGUGGAGUCUGGGAAGCUAUAUGUUUUAAAAGUUUCCCACAUGAUUCUAAUGUGUAGCCAAGUUUGCCAACCACUGCUCAUCCAUUUUCGUCAUACCCUUGGGAGUGGAGGAACUCUCCUUUUAGCCCCAAAUUAACAUCAAGGUAGUUUCCUACUAAAGAUAUUUGAAUUUCUAAGAGGAAUUCUGCUACCAGUUUUUUUUUUUUUUUUUUAAUUCCUUUUCCUUCCUGGCACAGUAGCAUAUGGUUCGUAGGGCAGAAUGGAUUCUUAUCAUAUUAUAGUUGGGAAACUGACCUACAGAGGUGAUGGGCUUUUGUCCAAUGUCACACAGAAAGUCAUUGGCAGAGCUGGAACAGACCCCUGGACUCCUGGUUCUCAGGCUGGGGUUUUCUCCCUGUGUGCUACCUCCCAAAGAUGGAGGGGGAUUGAUAGGGCCUGGGGUGGGGCACACUUAGGGGAGGAAGGCACUGUUGGAGGAGGAACAUGGGAUAAGAAAGGGAACCAUGAGGGGAAGUGUGGGCUACGUUGCCAUCCCCAGAUUCAACUGUUUGAGAGAUCCAGGCAUUCCAGGUGGUUGAGGGCAUCAGCACCCUAAAGCUCACACAGCUCUGGCCCCUCCUCCCUCAGGACUGGGUUUGGGUGGUGACCCCACAGCUCUGGGAGAGACUGAGCAGGCUAUGCAAAGGAGCAGGGAGGACUAUCUAGCUUGUCCCAUUGAUCUACUUAUCUAAUCUAAUUGCUAUUAUCAAGGUUUUAAUUAUUUAGAAACCUCUAUGUUUUACUAUCUGGUGAAAAAAGUUUCCAAUUACUCCUUUGAUCAGCGAUAUUUUUUCUUAGUAAUACUUUCUUAUUUUUUCUAGAAAGAGAACUCUAGGAUCAUUUGGUCAGAGUACACCCUUUUCCUAUGGGGAUCCUAAUUGGAAUUGCAUGAAAUUGGAACAUUAAUUGGGGAGGGUUCUUACUCUUCGGUCUUUUCCUGCAGGACCAUAGUCUGUCUCCCCUGUACUCGGGUCUCCUUCCAGCCCAGGGCCCCCACUCACCUGUCUGCCAAGCAGCGCUGGUCAGACUGGCACGGUCUCCAGUCAGCAGCAGCCUGAUACCAAGGAGAACACUGACUUUCUCAUAAGACAAAAUUCUUUCCUUUGAAAGGACUGCCCUUUAUCCCGAGAUUCUCCUCCCCAGCCCCUACUCUUUGGGGUUAAAAUGGUCUUCUUUUUAUAAAAGGGAUGAGAUAUUUAAAUUUUUUUGCUUGUUUCUAGAUGUAGAAGUUGAUAAAAUAUAUUUUGAAAGUGUUACUGAUCUGUGAAAUCUCAAAGUUUGGGUUAAAUCUCUCAGUGGGUUUAAUUCCACAGAUGCCCUGCCUUUUGAACAGGGUUUGAGUCUCAAUGCGUAGGAGGUGAGACCACACAUGUGUUGGCCCGAGAGUCCUUUUUGCAGAGAAGAAACAAGACCUGAAGAAGGCACAACACAGCCGAGAUUGGCUUCGUAGAUUCUCAUUCCCUCCUGGUCUCUUGCCCCACCUUGGAGAGCACAGCUUCAUUCUCUGCAUUAAGUGAGUAUGUGAAGACACACCUUAGCCCCCAGGUAAGCCAAAAUAAGGGCCCUAGUCUAUCCCAGCAAUUUUAAGUGUCUUAAGUCUGGCCCAAAGCCAAAGUAGGCUGACAGACUAAGGGCGACGGGUGUUCCCUUACUAACUUAAAAAUUUGUGAAUGGAAGAUAGACGAGAAUUAGGUGAUCCGUGCCUUAAGCAGAAGCUCCAGUUCCCCGCCAUCGCCUCACACAUGCGCAUACACACUCAGAUGAGGAUUCAGUAGUAGGCAAGCAAAUUCAAGAACCAAAAUACCAAUAGUUUUUCAGUGUGUGACAAGCAUUCAUUCGUUUGCUUAUCAAACAUUACCUUAUUUUUGAGAAUUUACUCCAGCAUCAUCACCUCUUGGAAAUGCUUUGUGACUCCUCCAUGGGCUGAUCUGAUCAAGGAGCCUCUUCUUGGCGCUCCCGAAACAGCUUAUCACAGCGUCCUGAUGGGGACUGUCGUCCUCUCUGCUCCCUCAGACUCUGGGCCUCUGGAUGUAGGGACCGUGCCCCACUCAAUGGUGCUCAGAAGAUGGUGUUGAAUUAAUACUUAAGGUACCAUGCCAUUAUUUUUUAAGUAACUGGAUGAUUUAUUAGAAGACGUAAUAGGAAAAAACAAAAAAAGACCCUGUUCACAAUAGCAACCCCAGUACAAAACGCAAGGCAUCUGUGUAAUUAAACCCACUGAGAGAUCUAGCCCCAGCUCAUGGGAGCAGCCAGAUGUCCUCAAAAAAGACCAUGCUGGAGCCACAAUGAGAACCAGAUGUGGCAGGUGUGAGGCGUGAGUGUGCCCCUCUGACCAUCAUCCCCACCCAGGAAGGAGAAAGGGCCGUGUAGGCAGCAUCUGGGUGUGGCUUAUAUUUGUCUUCCCUCUUUUUUCACUUUCACAAGUCUUGGCACAAUGCCUGACAAUUUCACAAAUUAUCUAAGUGUGUAGGUCCCACCCCACCCAUUUUUUCAGGGUUUGGUCUUCCUUCCAGAAACAGAUCUUCCUCUCUCUGCGGUUCCCCAUAAUCCUACCCUCAUACCAUGUGGUAGAGAUACCCAAGCACUGGUCUGUGGACCAUCUCACCUGUGACAAUAUGAGGAAAUUAAGAACAAAGCAGAAAGCUUAUCAUUAAGCUGAAUAUAUUUAAGUUUAAGAAUUAUCAUUUAUUCUGAUGUGGUGAUUGUGAAUUUUAUUUUAUCACAUGCCAAUUUAAGAAAUACUGCCCCCCCCCCCUGCUUUUUCCUAACUUGAAUCAGAUCUUUCCCUGAGUCUCUACUCAUUAGAGUAGAAAGAAAUGAAAUCUCAAUCCUGUUUUGGAGGGCUUCCUCCUUUCCCCGGAGUUACACAAAGAUGUAAGGGAUACAUAGUGCCUGUGAAAUGGGAGUGAGAAUCUGGUUCAGGCAGAGUGGUGAUCAAGGUACCAUGUGCUUUUAAACAAUGGGAUUGUACAUAAAACAAGUUUUACUGUGUUGCUGAGCUUGUGGGAAGGGAAAUAUCCAAGAGGCGUGGUGAGUGGACAGGAAAGGUGGAGUUACCCUAAAAGGCAAAUGACAAUAUUAACAUCACAUUUGGAAAAUUAAAUAUAAAGCCAGGGGCAACCUGAGGUGUUGGUAAAUUAGGGAUCUGGGAAGGCACUAAUCUGGUCCCAAGUUGGUAUCCUGGCCCCUGACAGAAACAAAUGCAGAUCCUCUCUGGAGGAAGGUAUCCUCAAUUUCAGCCCCCCAGAUGGAAAUCAUCCAAACAUGAGCUCACAUUAUGAGAUCACAAAAUAAAAAGGAACAAACCACUAUGAGUGAUAGUCAACAUAAACAAUAGCAUAUUUAUAUCUCCAGGGAAUUUUGAUAUUAGGCACAAAAUGUAAACUAUGUGUGUAUAAAAUAUUUAAUGGAAUAAAAGAUGGCAUUAAAAAAUUAACAAGCAACAAGACUCUAGAAUGACUAGUUAGGUUUGAAAGAGAACCAUUCAGAACUUUUCAAAAUAAAAAAUACAAGGAUGAAAAUAAAGACAAAUUUUGGGGGGUUUAACAGCCAAUUAAACACAACUGAAUAGAGAUUAGUGAACCAGAAAGUUGUUCCCCUAAGUAUGGUGCUUGGACCCGCAGCAUCAUCAGCCCUGAGAGCUUCUUAGAAAUGCAGACUCUCAGGCUCCCCCCAGAACUACUGAGUCAGAAUCUGAAGUUUAACAAGAUUCCUUGUGGUUUGUAGGCAUAUUCAGAUUUGAGAAGUAUUAAACUGGUAGAAAUGACAUAGAGUGCAGAACAAAGAGAUGAGGAGGGAAAUAUGAAGGAGAGGUUAAGAGAUAUGGCAGUGAUAAAGAGAGGGUCUAGAAAAAUUUUAUUCUGGCCAGUGGCAAGAUUUUUAAAAGUGAUGGAGAGCAGAUAAUAUUUGAGGAGAAUUUCCUAGAACCGAUGAAAGGCAUGAAUUCACAUAUACAAGAAUUUACAGCAAACAGGAAAACAAGUAGUUCAUGGCCAGGGGCCAGUCAGGCCAGACUGCAGAAUACUGAGACAAGUAGAGAAGUUGUAUGUACAAACAUAAAACUAAGGUGUUUCAAGAUGGAGGGUUGCAAAGUGGCAACUGGUAAAGGAAUGGUCUUUCUCCCCUGCCUGGAGGGCAGGACUGGGCCCACACGGUGGCAGCAGCGGGCGUUAAGGGAGUGAGCAAAUGUCUAUGGAGGGUACUUGAGUAUCUGAUAAAUCCGUGGAAACUCGGAAUCCCAAGGAUGCCAACCCUAGGUUGCCUUGGAGAGAGCUGGGCCUCUCAAAAGACAUAGAUCUGUUUAGUUGGCACAAUGGUCUGCAAAUGGGCAAGGGGUGGUAGUGGGAUGACCUGGCUGACCACCCCUGGUCCCCAGGAAGCCCUGGUUGCAGCGGGUGACAGGUUGAGAGGACGUUCUUUCCCCACUGGGCAGCCCCAAUUCUUACCACCUUCCAGCUGAGGGAUUUUUCACAGGGUGAGAUUUUGGGGUCUCUCUGACACCACCUGAAACUUGGUGUUCCCUACCUCCCCCAACAUCUGGGCACACACUGUGCCCAGAUCCUGGGCAGAGACCCCAGAGCUCACACCCAGGGCUCCCUCUCCACCUGGAGAAGGUAAGAGGAGUUCACCCAACCCUGGGGACCUGGGGCAGUGGCUGGCACCUUCUGGAGAGUUUCCCUUGGUUUAUCAGACCUGCUCUACCUUGCCCAGCCCCCUAGGUCCUCACUGCAGGGGCAUUCCUUCAUGGCUCCUCCUGCCAUACCCACAGCGACAGGUGUAGACGUUGGUGAGGACUUUGAGAAAUGCUUCUUGGAAGGCCCUGGUGGAAGUGAAAUUGCUUCUGUCAUUUCAGAAAGCUGUUCAGCAGUGGGUAUUGGUAACGUCAAAAAUGUUCACACCCUAUGACCUGGCACUUCCAUGCACACAAAUGCUUCUACAAGAAGUCUCCAAAUGCAAAUCAAGCCUUGUGGGAAGACUCAUCAUGCUGUUAUUUAUAAUAGCAAAAAUAGAAACAAAUUAUCUAAUGAGAGAGAAUUGAAAUAAAUGGAGGCACACUGUGAGGAAAUAUCAGAGAGCUGAUGCACAUUUUAUUUAUAAACGUUGGUAAAACAUGGAGAAAUGUUUAUAAGAAUUAAGUGGGCAGGCGCCUGGCUGCUCAGUCAGUGGAGCGUGCGACUCUUGAUCUUGGGGUUGUGAGUUUGAGCACCACGUUGGGUGUCGAGAUUACUUACAAAUAGAAAUCUUAAAAAAAAAAAAUUACGUGGAAAAAGCAGGAUCUAAAGUUGUAUAUACAAA